GUUUGAGGAAGGCAACAUCUCUUGAAAACAUGCUUUUAUGAAAAACAUCACGUCUCCAGCAGCUGCUCCUGGGAUCCCCCUGGGCGAAGCCUCGGGCUGUAGCCCCGGCCGUCCCCAGCAGCAGAGGACAGCCCACGACGCCGGGGACAGCGACGGUGCCGCCCUGCUCCGCUGCUCAGCGGCUCCUGCAGCCACCUCUGGGCCCUGCCCUGCCCCAGCUGUGCCGCUGUCCAGCCCGACGGCUGCCAGGCGGCGGCCGCUGCCCGGCGCGCAGCAGGAAGCAGGGCAAAAGAAGCAGCUGCAGGAGCUGUACCAGCUGGGCCCGCAGCUGGGCAGCGGCGGCUUCGGCACCGUUUUCUCGGGCAUCCGCCUCUCCGACAGGAGCCCGGUGGCCAUCAAACGCGUGGCCCGGGAGAGCGUCCUGCAGUGGGACGAGCUGCCCGACGGCACCCGUGUUCCCAUGGAGAUCGUGCUGAUGGAGAAGGUGGGCUCUGGUUGCCACUAUGUCAUCCAGCUCCUCGACUGGUUUGAGCUGCCUGACAGCUUCCUACUGGUCAUGGAGCGUCCGGAGGCAUCGCGGGAUCUCCUGCAGUUGCUGCUGGAGCAGGAGUUCCUGUGCGAGGAGAUGGCGCGCUGGCUUUUCCGCCAGGUGCUGGAGGCCGUGCGGCACUGCACUGCCUGCGGCGUCCUGCACCGUGACAUCAAGCCGCAGAACCUCCUCGUGGACCCGGAGAGUGGCGACCUGAAGCUCAUCGACUUCGGUUGCGGCACCUUCCUCCAGGAGCGGCCCUACACACAAUUUGCCGGAACACACGUGUACAGCCCACCCGAGUGGAUCGCCUUUGGCUGCUACUACGGCCAUUCGGCAACCAUCUGGUCCCUGGGUGUGUUGCUGUACGUCAUGGUCUGCGGGAGCCUCCCCUUCUGGAACGACCGUGACAUCGUGUCGGGGCAGCUCUUCUUUGGGCACCAGGUCUCUCCAGCGUGUGAAGAUCUGAUCCGCUGGUGUUUGGCCAAGCACCCUGCGGACAGGCCGGAGCUGGAGGACAUCUUGUGCCACCCUUGGGUGCGGGGCGGGCAUUUUUGAUGCCUUGCCGGAUCCUCUGCAGCACCCAGUUACCACGUCCCACGCAGGACCCAAAUAAUAAAACAACCACAAACCCAUUGCAGGGUGUCAAGUCUGGUCCUUGUCAGCAGCUUCAGCUAAAGAAACCUCUUGGGAAAAGGGGUAGUCCAAGUGCUCCCUUCAGCCUUCUUCAAGCUUUCGACACCUUUCCUCAAGCAUGGUGCCUUUGUGUCUUCGGGCACGGGCUGUAGUGCA